GGUUUUGAGUGGCUGAGCUAAGGAUGAGCAAUCGAGAGGUGGUCGCUCUGAGCGUGGGAGGGGUGAGAUUUGUGACCCGGGCUUCUACUUUGCAGCAGUUCCCUGAGUCCAGGCUGGCACGGAUGUUGAGUGAUGGUGACCAGGAAUUCAAGCUGUUAAAUGGAGAGUUCUUUGUGGACAGAGAUGGAACUUUGUUUAGCUACAUCAUGGACUUCUUGAGAACUCUCCAGGUCUCCUUACCUACUGAUUUCUCAGAUUAUCAGAAGCUGCAGAGAGAAGCAGAAUUCUAUGAGCUGUACCCUCUGGCUGACCUCCUGAGCCAGGAACACUUGCUGAAGCCAAGGCUGGAGAUCUUGGAAGUGCUUUUUUCUCUCCAAGAGACGCAAGCCUUUUUCCGGAUCUUUGGUUCCUGCAGUACCACUGUUGAGACACUUGCUGAGCAGGUCACUGUGUUUACAGGGCAGCAGUCAGGACAGAGGUGGAAGAGCCCUUUUACCUCUCAGAAACCACUCAUUCCACUUCCUUUGGAAAGACCUUCUCAUCACGACAUGGUGUUUCGGUGUGGUACCGAGUACUCUGCUGGUGACCACUUUGUGGCCAGGUAUGUUUCCAUAAAGCCUGAUAACAGAAAGCUGAUUAAUGGCACCAAUGUGCUAGGCCUGCUGCUUGACACUUUACUGAAAGAUGGAUUUCGCCUCAUAAGCACCAGGACGGUUUCCAGUGAAGAAAAAAUUGAGUGCUACAGUUUUGAAAGGAUGAAGAGGCCUCCAGCCCUUACCAUCACAGUGAACCAAACGCUGGGGAACUCUGGGGUAGCACAGGCAAAGAGAGGCCAAGUACAGAAAGGGAAAUAAAGCCUUUUCCUUUCGUCUUCUGAUGGUGGAAGAGGGGUGUGUCAGCACCAGUGGCCUUUUUUGUUGGAUUGUUUGAAACAUCAACUACUGAGGGAAGUAACAAACAAACAAUUUUUUUUUCCAAGUGUUGGGGGAAAAAAAAAAAAAAAAAGCUUUCCUGACUUUUACUGCCCCACCCUCUUCAACUCUAAAUAAAAGAGACACAG